AUGAAUCCUAAAUUUUGUGCCCAGGACAUGAUUAGAUGUGGUUUCUGUAAAGACAGAGUUGUACAAAUGUACUGUAACUUUUGUUACAUGAAUCUGUGCAAGAUUUGUAUGGUGGAACAAACCUCUGACAAGUCCAAGAAGCAUGAAGUGGUGCCUUAUGAUUCGAGAAAAUCUUAUCAUGUCUUCUCACUGGAGACACCAGAAGGUGUAUAUUGUCCACCAGAAAAACCACUGCUUGAUGAACCAGAGGUCAUUGCCACGAAAAAUACAGGGUAUAUCCUACGAGGCGUUACAUGUUUAAGUGAUGACGAAGUCUGGACAUGUGGACAAGACAAAAUCAUGAAACUCUACAACCUCCAAGGCAAACUUCUGAAGUCAAUCCAAACCAAAUCAGGAAAGUGGCCAGGUGACAUCACAGUGACAGAGAGUGGAGAUCUAAUUUAUACUGACCCAGAUACAAAAACCGUAAACAUAGUGAAGAAUAAACAGAUACAGGAAGUGAUCAGACUACAGGCGUGGAGACCUUACCUGGUGUUGUCUGUAAUACACUGGUCAUCCCUCAUCUCCAUUCAGUUUGAUAGUGAAGGUAAACCUCUAUACUCAUCUGGUUACCUUAAAUACGUCAGUGAGAACAGGAACCUGGACAUCUGUGUGGCUGACCAGGAAGCCAAGGCAAUAGUGGUGGAUAAUCUCGCGGGGAAAUUUCGAUUUAGAUACACUGGUAAUCCCUCGGCUACCAAGGGUUCAUUUGAUCCACUUGGCAUCACAACAGACAGCCAGAGUCAAAUCCUGACAGCAGAUUGUUUUAACCACAGUAUCCACAUCCUAGAUCAGGACGGACAGUUUCUCUGUUAUAUUGAUAACUGUGAUCUAAAAAAACCCAUGGGCAUAUGUAUAGACACUAGAGACAACCUCUUUGUGGCAUGUCAUUGUGGUAAAGUGAAAAUCAUCAAAUAUAUGUAA